AAAUGAAUGAAUUCGAUGUUCAGCAGACAACUUUUACUAUUCCAACGGCACCCAUUACUAAUAGUACUAGUACUAAUAGCGUCACUGAUGAGCAAAAUCUUACAGCAGUAUUCCUAUCAACACCAUUUGCACCUAUAAAAACUUAUGGGGUUGAUGGGACACCGGAAAAAGUUCAAAUGGAUAUCUCUCCCGAGAUACCAAAAGUACAAAUGGACAUAUCUCCUGAGAAACCAAAAGUGCAAAUGGACAUCUCUCCCGUGAAACCAAAAAUACAAGUGGACAUCUUUCACGAGAAACCAAAAAUACCAAUGGUCAUCUCUCCCGAGACACCGAAAGUGCAAAUGGUCAUCUCUCCCGAGACACCAAAAGUGCAAAUGGACAUAUCUCCUGAAAAAUCAAAAGUGCAAUUGGAUGCAACAGCAAAUAGAGAUGAUUCCUUGAAUAUGAUUGCCGCUGCUAUGCCAAAGAGUACACCUACAUUCCAGUUUCAGAAUCAACAACCCCAAACUUUCACUGACGAUUCAUCGCAACCUACGAAUGGGAACCUUUUCCAAGGUCUGCAACAGAUUCCAGAAAAUUCCAUAUCCAGCGGGUCAACUUCACUUCCACCGACGUCUUUAAAUUUUACGAUCGAUUUUGCUUCCACUGGGAAUUUUACGUUUUCAAAUUCUCAAUUUUCAAAUGCAAGCUCGA